AUGGAUAAAGAGGAACAACAGACUAGAUUGGAACAAAGGUUGGCAAACAUAACAAAGAACAUCAGAACUGGAAGUCCAACUCCUAGUUCGCGCGGAAGGAUUGAUGAACUUGAAAGUCGAAAUUUUACUCUUGAAGAAGAGGUUAAAGAUCUUAGAAUUCAAUUAAACGGAAAGCAAAAUGAGAUCAAUAAAAUUCAAGAAUUAUUAAAUAAGAGAACUGUUGAGUUGGAAAAGACAAAAAAUGAAUAUGAUGAGAAAAUGAAAAAAAUGAGGGGCAUUUUUAAUGGUGCUAAUAAAACAUUGAUGGAGUUAAGGCAAGCUAAUGCAUCAAAAGAUUCAGAGAUAGAACAACUUAAAGCAACUAUGGAAGGCAUGGAAAAAAAGCAUGAAGAAACUACAAACAUGGUAGAUGAAAACCAAAAGUCAAUGGAGAAAAUUACGACAGAAUUGCAUAGUCAGUCGGCGAUGUAUAACGCACAAAUAGAGCAAUUGGAAUCCAAACUCAGACAAUCAAACCAACAAGUUAAUCAAGUAAAAGCGGAGUUUCAACAGUACAAAAUAAGAGCCCAUGCAUUACUUGAACAAAGGAAUUCAAAUAAUGAAGGUGAUGUCUCAAGUGUAGAUACUCUAGAAUUAGUAGCUUCAAAUAAAAAAUUGGAAUCUGAUCUAAGUUUUAAGACAUCUGAAUUGAAGCAUGCUCAGGAUAAACUUAGAACUACUGAAAGGGAUCGAAAACGCGCAUGUGAACUUAACGCACAACUUGAAAAAGAAUUUGAAAAAGCGCAGAGGGCAGCAAAAGAAAAUUCAGAGACCGUAAAAUCUAUCCAAAAACAAUUGGAUAGUUUUCAAGAGGAAAACGAACAUUUAAAAGCAGAGACGGAAGCUCGUUAUUUAGCUAACGUUAAAGAUUUUGAUCAUAGACUUACAAAGGCAAUUGAUGCAAAAGAAAAAAGUCUCAUACAAAAGCAAGAGGAAAAUGAAGCUUUACAGAAAAUUUCAGAGCAACUUGGUGAGGAUUUAUCACAGCUAAGGUCAGAAUUAUCACGGCGUAAUGAACAUAUUGAUGAACUUCAAAAACAACUUGCUAAUAAAAUACCGUCAGCAUCAGUCGUAAGGAAUGCUAUUAGAAAUGAUAAUAGCCGUUCUUCAUCUCCUUCUUCAGUAACGAGUCGUACUAGUGGUAAUUACACGGAUAUGGAAGAACGUACAUCCAAUGUAUCUGAAAAAGACAAAGACAAGGAUAAUUUAUUGAAAUUGCAGCAUAUGGCCGAAAUGCUGAAUGAUAGUGAGGCACAUGUUCAGAGAUUAUUAGAACAAGAAAAGAUAUUGAAAGAGGAACUUCGUAAGUUAGAUAGAUUAGAAAAGCGUCAAGAUUUAAGUGUAGAAUAUUUGAAGAAUGUCGUUCUCAAAUUCUUUGAAUCAAAUCCUGCCGAUCGUGAGCCUUUGGUUCCUGUAAUAUCAACAAUAUUACAAUUAAGUCCGGAUGAAGUACAAAGUUUAAAAGAAAAUGCAGUCGAUGCAAAUUCUAAUCCUGUUGUAUUAAGUUUUGGGGUUUUGUGA